UCUCAAAAAAAAAAAAAAAAAAGAAAAAGAAAAAAGAUUUUAAUAUUCUGGACCCUCAGCCUCCAACAUUGGAGUGGGCCUAAUGCGAAGAUUGAGGCACUCAACAAAGGGGCCUCCAGUCCGUGCCAUCCCAGAACACUCACUGGGUCUCUCCAGGCUUUGACCGCAGUGGCUGCCUCUUGUGUCUGAAGGCACCAGAAUGAAGGCUGCAUGUUGACCAGCCCCAAAGAUCUGAGCCUCUGUCCCCAGACAGGUGAUUCUGGGAUGGGCUGGGAUUGCAGGGACUUAACAAGGUGGAGUUCUCCAGAGGUUCCCUUAGCUCUGUCUCAGAGCAUCAUCAUGAUGUUAAGCUGCCUCUUUCUUCUUGCUCUUGGGUCCCUGGAAUCCUGGAUAACUGCAGGAGAACAUGUGAAAGAGGGAGAAUGCCCUCCUGAUAAGAACCCAUGCAAAGAGCUGUGCCAGGGUGAUGCAUCGUGUCUGGCUGGGCAGAAGUGCUGCACCACAGGCUGUGGUCGAAUCUGCCGAGACAUUCCUAAGGGGAGGAAAAGAGAUUGCCCUAGGGUUAUUCGGAAACAAUCCUGCUUGAAACGGUGCAUCACUGAUGAGACAUGUCCAGGUGUAAAGAAAUGCUGCACGUUUGGCUGCAGCAAGAGCUGUGUAGUCCCAAUCUCUAAACAGAAGCUGGCAGAGUUUGUUGGUGAAUGUCCUGCCAACCCCCUUCCGUGUGAGGAGCUGUGUGAUGGGGAUGCAUCCUGUCCCCCGGGGCAUAAAUGCUGCAGCACCGGCUGUGGCCACACCUGCCGCGGAGACAUUGACGGAGGGCGGGACGGUGAUUGUCCGAAAGUUCUGGUGGGCCUGUGCAUUGUCGGCUAUGUGAUGGAUGAGAAUUGUCAAGCUGGAGAAAAGUGUUGCAAGUCAGGCUGUGGCCGCUUCUGUGCCCCACCAGUCCUGUCCCCAAAACUGACCAUGAACGCCAACUGGACUGGGAGGUCUGAUUCUGAAUUAAAGAUCCUGGUGCCCUAGCUGUGCUGAUUUGUCUGGAGCUUCUUUGGUAACUCUCGAAGCUGUUCCUGGCAGUAAAGAGAGGGUGACAUCCUGGGGCUUGUGACAUUUCCAGGGGCACUCAUGGCCCUCUCUGCUCUGCUUCUCCUCCUGCUGCUGUCCAGAGGGUGGGAAACAGCCCUGGAUUGGGCAUUGGGUGUGUGGUGCUUCUCUUUCCCAAUAAAGGCGGGUGCCGACC